AUGAAAGGAGGAAAUUUGAAAAAUAAAACAAAGAGCAGACACGAGAAGGCAACUGAGAAAAAAGUUCCGCUAUCCAAAGCAAAAGGCAAACAGAAGACGGCCAAAAAGAGGCAAGUUUCAAGUUCAUCUAGCGAGAAUGACGACGAGGAAGUGAAAUUUAUAGAAUCAGAAGACGACAUGGAUGGAGAUGAAGAAGAUGCCGAGUGUGUAUAUUGUACCAACCUCUUUUCCCAAGAUAUCAGAGGAGAAGACUGGAUAAAAUGCAGUGGAUGUUACCGUUGGGCUCAUGAGGAGUGCGCAGGUGUUGAUAAAAUUGAAGGAUUUGUUUGUGAUUUAUGUUUAGAUACGUGA